AUGGAGGGGUUUUUGCUUGCCAAUGGCUACCAGCUGGGCAGGACGGUUGGGGAGGGGAUGUUCUCCAAAGUAAAGGAGGCUUUUUCCCAAAAACACCAGAAGAAAGUGGCAAUUAAAAUAAUGGACAAGAAGGAAAGCCCCGAAGAAUUUGUUCGCAAAUUCCUGCCCCGGGAGCUCCAGAUCGUCAUGAACUUGGAGCACAGGAACAUCAUCCAAGUGUAUGAGGUGCUGGAAUCCCCAGCUGGGAAGAUUUUCCUGGUGAUGGAGCUGGCGGAGGAUGGAGACGUCUUUGACUACGUCCUCCGUGAGGGUCCCCUGCCCGAGCCCCGGGCCAGAGCGCUCUUCCGCCAGCUGGUGGAUGCGGUGCAGUACUGCCACGGCUGCGGGGUGGCCCACCGGGACCUCAAGUGUGAGAACACCCUCCUGCAGGGCCACACCUUGAAGCUGACAGAUUUCGGCUUCGCCAAGCUGAUCCCCAGGGACGGCGCGGAGCUGAGCAGGACGUUCUGUGGCAGCACAGCCUACGCGGCGCCCGAGGUGCUGUGGGGUGUGCCCCACGACAGCCGCAAAGGUGAUGUCUGGAGCAUGGGUGCCAUCCUCUACAUCCUGCUCUAUGCCCGCAUGCCCUUCGAUGACACCGACAUCCCCAAGAUGAUGCAUCAGCAACAGAAAGGCAUCUCCCUCCCCAGGCACCAGAGGAUCUCCGGGGAGUGUCAGAACCUCCUGAAAAUGCUCCUGGAACCAGACAUGGACCUGAGACCUUCUAUCGAGGUGGUCAGCAGGCACCCAUGGCUGACUAACCCCUGA